AGUAUAAGAACCACUGCAUUAAAAUUGUGCAGCAGUUUGUGAGCUCUAAAGAAAGCCUGAAGCCUGCAAAGAAAAACUGAAUUGGACAAUGUCAGACUAAAGAGUUUGUGGAGCUGAGUCACAACUAAAAGCUCCCACUGCUUUUGAUUCUGCAUACUGUUUGGAGGGGACAUGAAAUAAAUGUAAUGAGACCUGGGACCUGUAGACAUGAACAAGAUAAGAGUGGAUUUGUGGGCGGGGCUUCAGCGGCUCUUAUUUAAGGCUGAAAACAGAAGCGCGCUCAGUUGAAGCAGUUUCUUCUUUUUUUCUCAUUAAAGGUUUAUUUCAUUUUAACGCAGAAAUGAUUGUAAAGAUUUAUUCACUUUAUGCAGUGAUUCACCUGACCUCAUCAUUAACUGUUGAUAUCCCACUCCCAUCUUAUGAAUUUGCCGGUGGGGGCAACGGCACUAUACCAUGCAACUUCAAACCUCAGAAAGCAGACAACGCAUCAAUCAUCAUCUCAUGGACUGCAAAUCCAGAUAAUCCUGCAGAUUCUGAAAUUGGCAUCCUCACAUAUUACCACUUCUCAAGUACACCGGAUGAUCUGGAUGUCAUUGGUGGAUAUACUAACCGAGCUUCACUUCAGUUAGACAUUGCUAAAGGAUGGGCGAACUUGACACUCAGUUCUCUAACAUCGAAGGACAGUAGAAGGUAUCAGUGCAAAGUUAAAAUUCCUAAGGACUCCCAGGGAAAACCAUCAGAUAUCACUACAGUUGUGGUUUUGGUGGCUCCUUCCAAACCCAUCUGCGCUGUUCAGGGAAAAGCAGAGUUUUACCAGAACAUCAGCCUGACCUGUCGUUCAGAGGAGGGCACGCCAACACCAACGUACACAUGGCAAAGAUAUGAUGUCAGUAAUAAUCCCCGACAGAAUCCACCCAUGGCCACUGAUGUAAAUGGAGUUUUGUCACUUUACAAUAUUUCCACGGAGACCAGUGGUUAUUAUAUCUGCACGUCUGCCAAUAAAAUUAGCAAUGCAUCCUGUAUUCUGACUUUGGUCGUCAUGCCACGCAAGUAUUUUAAUAAUUGUGUAUUUAUCAUGCUAAAAUGUUGACCCUUUCUCCUGUUUAUCAGUUUUUGGUUUCCUCUUUUCAUUUUAUUUUGUGUGGUUCUGUCCCUUAGCCUCAGACUCCAUGAACAUUGGAGUCUGGAUAAUUGGAGGCUGUGCAGUUUUUCUCCUCCUCCUGAUGAUCAUUAUCUGCUGCUUCUGCUGCUGCUGCCGCCGGAAAAAGUCUGAGGAGUACACCGGGGGAUCACCAGAGGAUGGCGAGUACACGGAUAAAAAGCCACAGGAGCUUGAAGAGCACCAAGACGAACAUCUCGAGUGCAAAGCUGACAGAAACGAUGAACGCGAUGAGCGCAGUGAUCACCCUGAUGUCUAUGAUGACGCUAUGACGCACUGUCAGCCAGAUAACCGUCAAUGUGAUUCUGAACAGAAUGAUGACUUGCGUUCUGACCAUUAUGGUGAUGGUCAUGAUGGUUAUGGUUGUGAUGACAACGGAAGGGACCGAUGCGAUGAUCGGCAAAGAGAUGGUUAUGACAAGCCCUGAGAUCGCUAUGAUGACUGCCGAGACCGUUAUGGCCACCCUGAUGAUCAUUAUGAUAACCGCAGGAGAUCUCCAAAUGUUCCCACCAACUAGAGGCUAAGUAGGCCUGCAAGAUCUCUUUUUUAAACAUAUUUUUAAACUCUGAAUUUACUCUGAAAUUGCCAAAAGACGGUUAAUUUUUUUGUUUAUUUUUUUUUUGUAACAUUGCUACUUGUUCUGGCUUGGCUAACUUUCAAACCUUUAAUUGCAUGGUAAUACACCAGAAAAAAGCCAUUUCAAGAAAGUAAAAAGUCUUGUUUCUGGAAAAAUUUGCCUUUUUUGUGUGUAUAAAAAGAAAAAUAAUCUUGUCAAGCAUGUUUUGCAUUAGAAAGGUAAUCUCAUUUUAAGAAAAUAUAUCUAUCUUUUUCUUAAUAAGAUCUUCCAGCAAAUAGUAAGCUAGAUUUUACCAGUAACAAGCUAUAACAAUGGUUUGCAUAAUAUUCCAGCAGAGGAACACAAUUUAUUUCCUUAUUUUAAGACUAAGACCACUUGCUCAACUUAAAUCUUUUAAUGAAGCAGCUAUGUGUCAUAGUUAUGCUGAAAUCCACACUGAACUACGUUACCCAUCAGCCUGUUCUGUGUUACCCCUAAUAAGCACCCCUAUAGAAGUUCUAAGGUGUGUUUGACUUUGGUGGCUGACUUGAAGCAGUGCAUGCCGGUCAGAACUUGAGACGGCGCCGACCCCAUCACUGUGACGUAUGGCAUCAAAGUACCCCAAUAGUGAUAUGAGAGCAGCCGUCUCCCUCAGCCAGCACAGCUUCUCCAGAGUGUAGCUUCUCCAGAGCGCAGCUUCUCCACAUCUAUUUCACGAUUGUCCAGACUCACCCACGACAACAAUGACGUGUUUUUCGUGUUUAUUCUGACACCUUCAGUUCCACUAAGGCUCACAAAUCCAUAUUUUUAUAACAGUAAAAACCCCUUUCAUGUAAUCUUAGGCCCUGAUUACCCUAGUGCAUUUUCAUUUUAAAACACAGUUUUCAAACGAUCGUCGUCCACACUGGAGUUUCUGCCGUGUUUCAGAAAAGAUCUUCGUUCACACUACACGUCUGAAUACGCAUGUCACAUGACCAUUCAUGCACACUGGGCAUGCGCAUACAAAUAUAACAGGAAGUCGGUUGCUAAUCCAAACAGGUGCUCCACGUCGGGCUUCCGCCACUCGAAAUGAGAUUUGUUGUCGAUUGCUCUAAUGAUAGCUCGCCUCUUGCGCAUGUAGGCAGCUGCUGUAUUAUAAAAUACAGAAUCUAACUGCACAAUGGCUGCUAAGAACAACAACAAAGCCAGCAAAGCUUGCGGUUCAGUCUCCGUGUUGUUGUGUAUACGAUCAAGGUAGUGUAAUGGUCAUAAGGUAGGGGCUUGACGAAUCAGGGAAGGAUACACAAUGAUCCAGAAGACCCAAUCAGGGGGCGAAUGUGGGUGAAGCCACGCCUUCGUUUCCAAAAGUUUUCAUUUUGGUCUGUUUAUACUGAAACGCUAGCCUGCAGUUUUCAAACUAAAACGGGUUCUUCGGCAUUUCCAAAAGUCUCCGUUUUCGAGCGUUCAAAACGCCGGAGUAGUGUAGACGACAAAAGUUAUGCGUUUAAAAUCAAAACGCACUAGUGUAAACAGGGCCUUAAUGUUAUAUUGUAGCAUGUUUAUCAAAAUAAAACUGAUAAAAAAUAUAGGCCGCACUUUAUUGGUUUUUAAAUGAUACAGGCUCAUGUUGAACUUUCAUCUUGUACAUACAGGCACUGUAUUAACCUAACCUAUUCAGGGAAAAGUGUUUCCAGUGUUACAUGUAAAAUUCAGAUGUCUGUUUAUCUGAGAAAUAUUACAUCUACUCCACUUCGUCUGUGACCAAGAAAGCAAACAACUACGAGAAGCAGAAAAUGUCCGACUUGACGGUUCCGUUUUCGACUCCUCCCCCAACUGCGAACAACAACUCUCGUCGAUCGGUUCCAUCCAGCCACAGCCGAAGUCGAACACACCGCUAGUUUUUCAGCAUGUAAUUGUCAAGCUUUUACUGUUGUCUUGUUCAUGUGUUGUCGUGUGUGUCACAGCCGCUCUCAUAAUCGCCAUGUGGCCUUGUGUCCAUUGUUACGUUUAUGGUUCUUGGUUGUUUGUUUUGCACUGUAUUCAAUUUAAAAAACUGUCUUAUUGUAAGCUAAUUAUUAAUCUUAGCUUAAGGGAUAAAUUCUUAAAGUCAGAUCAAUCAAUAUACCAAAAUACUCAUUUUAAGCAAGUCUAUCUUAAAUAACGGAGUUUCCAUUGCUUGUAAUAAGCACAACUUGCGAAAGCUUGCUUGGCAUUUUUAUCUAGUUUUAAGACCCAAUAGCAUUUUUUUAUGACUACAUUUUUAUGCUGUUGUAGUGAGGUGUGCUGUGACUAAAACGUCACCCUUAUUAACUAUGUGACCAAUGAGCUCUCUUCCUACCAUAGUAUAUAAGCUGUUGUUUAGGCCUCACGGAAUGCGUCAUGGUCAAAAACCCGCCCCUUCCUUUCGUUGCUAUGGAUUACAGAGUGUGACGUUGGGCUAGCGAGACUGUGUGCAGGUGUGAUGUGCUGCUCACUCUCAGUGCGGUGUGCCGUCAAGGCUCCCAACUGUGUAGCUUGGUGAUUUAACGUAGCUCCGGUCGGAGCACCAGCUGUUGGCGUCACAACUAUUAAAGACGCCAUCAUGAUUUUUGUAUGUGCCAUCGUGAGUAUCACGUCAUCGGAUCACGGGUCUUCGAUUUUGCAUGCGUUAAGGCAGGCUGAGUGAGAUGUGGUCGUUUCGGUAUAGCUCCUCCCCCUCACUUGCGGAGCCACGUUGCUGUUUGGUUUUGCUGCUUGAUUCUGCUUGUUUUGCUUUGAUUUGGUUUUAUUUUGUUCUGUUCUGUUUUGUUUUGUUAUUUUGCUUUGUGUUGGUUACUGUCACUAACUGUUUUAAACUGUUUUAACAGCUUUUUGUCAAUUAUGCUGAUACUGCUAUGUGGUAGUAGUGGUUUUGGUCAGUCUUGUUAAACUUGCUACCUGUAAUCAGUUUGAGCUCGGGGUUAUCUAUGUUUUUGUGACAGUAAGUUUGUCUUUGUUUUGUUUUAUUCUUUUGUUUGUCUGCUUUGAGCAUAUUGUAAUUGAUCUUGUGUUUUUGUUUUCUCCUUGUAGGAGCUGAGUGCUUCCUGAGGCUUGAUUUGGGGGGGCUUUACUUAAUUAAGAGUCAUUACUAUUGCUGUGUUUAUUUGCAGUGAAUUUUUUUGUGGGUAUGAUUCUGAUUAGUGGGGUGCUUUUCCCUUUUGUAUAGCUGGUGCUGUCGUACUAGCCUUCCCUUCAUACAGGAAGCCUCAGUCCUCAUGAUUAUUGUUAAUUUCUUCUUGUGACAGUUUUAUUUAACCAAUGCCUGGCUGUGUUGGUUGCUGUUUUUUUUCUUCUUCAAUAAUUCUUGGCCAGUCUUAACUUUUAAAUAAAAUGUAUGUUUGUAUGGAAA